AUGUGGGCCGUGUUACUGAUGUGCGUGUGCGCCGCGUGCGCCUCUGGGGUCGCAGACGCGCGUGUCAGUAAGCGCUACGUGAUCGGCGGCUGCCCGGGCCACUGCGACCAGACCAUGUGUCCGGCCAUGCCCAAGCUGUGCACCACCGGGCAGGUGCUGGACCAGUGCGGCUGCUGCCUCGUGUGCGCGUCCGGCGUGGGCGAGGCGUGCGGCGGCGUGGGCAAGCUGGGCGACCCGGUGUGCGCGGAGGGGCUGGAGUGCUCGGUGAGCGGCGGCGGGGUGGGCUACACGGCCACGGUGAGGCGCAGAGGCCAGAGCGGCGUGUGCGUGUGCAGGAGCGGCGAGUACGAGCCCGUCUGCGGCAGCGACGGACAGACGUACAGGAGCGAGUGCGAGCUGAGGCGCGCCAGCGAGAGAGCGCGGAGACUCCAGCAGCCGCCCGUGCUGCUCGUCCAGCGCGGCGCGUGCUACCAAGAUCCUGCCCCCUCCACAGUCCAGGAUAACCCAAACAGCCUGAGGUACAAGUACAACUUCAUCGCUGACGUGGUGGAGAAGAUUGCUCCUGCUGUAGUUCAUAUUGAACUAUACCGCAAGAUGGUGUAUUCAAAGCGUGAGAUGGCGGUGGCGAGCGGCUCAGGCUUCGUAGUAUCUGAUGACGGGCUCAUAGUGACCAAUGCCCACGUGGUGGCCAAUAAAAACAGGGUGAAGGUGGAGCUGAAGAACGGCAUGUCCUUCGAUGCAAAGAUCAAAGAUGUGGACGAAAAGUCGGACAUCGCUCUAAUAAAGAUUGACUCUCCGAGCAGACUUCCUGUGCUGAUGUUGGGCCGCUCAGCUGACCUCAGACCGGGCGAGUUUGUGGUUGCCAUUGGCAGCCCGUUUUCCCUCCAAAACACAGUCACCACAGGGAUCGUGAGCACCACCCAGAGAGGUGGCAAAGAGCUGGGCCUGCGGAACUCUGACAUGGACUACAUUCAGACCGAUGCCAUCAUUAAUUACGGAAACUCAGGAGGGCCGCUGGUUAAUCUGGACGGUGAGGUGAUUGGGAUAAACACUCUAAAGGUCACAGCAGGGAUCUCCUUCGCCAUUCCCUCAGACAAGAUCAGGCAGUUCCUCUCCGAGUCCUACGACAGGCAGGCCAGAGGUAGAGGAACAGCAAGGAAGAAGUACAUUGGUGUUCGAAUGAUGAGCCUGACCCCUGCACUGGCUAAGGAGUUGAAAGCCAAACAUGGGGACUUCCCCGAUGUCACAUCCGGAGCCUAUGUCAUUGAGGUCAUCUCCAAAACCCCAGCUGCAGCUGGUGGCCUGAAGGAGCAUGAUGUCAUCAUCUCCAUCAACAGUCAACAGAUCUCCUCGGCAACAGACGUCAGCGCUGCCAUCAAAAGAGACGCCGUGUUACGCAUGGUCGUUCGCCGUAGCAACGAGGAUGUUAUCCUCACCAUCGUCCCCAUGGAAGUUGACCCUUGACCUUGACUGGAGCUGGUGCUCAUUCUCCACACCAAUGAACUUACUGGGCAUGUCCGAGGUCACGCCCACAGGAGUGACUUUGGUCAGUAGCCGAAGGCCUUCUAAUGACCGGCGGGGUGAAGGUCCUGCCUUACAGAUUGUACAGAGCACAUUGAUGUAGAUCCUUGUUCACAUAUAUUAAGUCUUUUUGUUUUUAUUUUAAAAAACUACUGUUUACCAGUUAAAAUAAACCAUUAAGCAUG